AUGACGGACGUGGAAGAGUCUACGGGUGCUCUCGAUGUCAUUCGCCAAUCAUCCAAGAUUCCACCUUGGGUAGUCAUUCAUCUGGUAUCUCACAAAGUUCGUACUCCCGCACAGGCACAAGAUGGGCUCGUGAACUUGGUAUUCGCUCACCUUCCCAUCAUUGCACUUGACCAUCGACCUCCUUUGCUAGUCAUUGCCGCCCAUUCCCUUGCAGCCUUCGAGGUCCUCAGUCCUAUGCGUCGACUUAUCUACGAAUUUCUCACCAUGCCCCUCCCCCAUCCUGAAUUCCACUUCAAUGCCCUGCUCCGUGCAAUUUCCGAGUUUACUAGCUCUGAGGAAGCUGCUGAUCUGGUCGUAUCUCUUUUGGAUGCUAUGAGCUCACGCAAUAUAUCCCUUCGUUCCAGCACUUAUAAAUCCCUCCUUUCCGACCGUUUUGUUACACUUCAGUUAACAAAGCACUUGCGAACUCGCAUGACGCAAGAUGGUUUUACACCUAAAGCACCGCACUUGGAGGAAUAUCUGAGGAUAUUUUCUAACCAUGGCGCAAUCCAUGACUCGCAAGAAUACCUACAAGCCAUUCGCAGGGCAUCAGCUUUCCAGUAUCUUCAUAGAUUACUUAGAUCAGAGGGUCAGAAGGAUGCCAGCCGAGACAAAUCCUCCAAAGAGCCGGAGCUAGCUAUCCGAAGGUCUAUAACAACGACAUUUUGGGGUGGAAGGAAGAAGACGCUUGACAUAUAUGAUUGGACUACUGCACUUGUUUCUGCGGCUAAUGACAGGGCCAUCACAGCGGAGGCGCUUGUACGUCUUUUUGAACGGGCUCAGGCAAAGACUCAAGUCUUUCGCCCGACGGUGGUCACUUAUACAGUCGUGUUACGCGGCUUACUCCAUCGCAAGAAAUUCGACGAAGCCCUGGUCAUCUGGAAUCAACUUGUGAAUAGCAAGCUAACAAUAGACCGUAAAGCGCUAACCAUUGGUCUCCAACUGCUCACUCGAGCCGGACAGGCUCCAGAAGCAUUCUACUUGCUGAACACAUUCGCUGGAUUGCAAGACGGUGCCAUUCAGUCUGAUAUCAGCGGCACUAGCGCAGACGACCACGUGUUACCCAUGAUAAACAUCAAUGUGAUCGUCAUAAACGAGUUUCUGGUAUCGCUGCUGCGCUCUCGUCGUCCCGACAUUGUUUUCCAGCUCUGGGAUCACAUGGAAAUGCUGUACGGCAUUUUGCCCAAUGACAGUACGCUCAACAUUGUCAUGAAAUCCGCUAUCCUGGCAAUGAAGCUGGACAACGAAUCCGUUCGAAGUACAUUUCAGCAUAUGACACUGAACAGCCUGUUCCACAGGCCCAAACCAGAACCAACUGGCCGGACAGAAGUAAUAUCCGAUAUCAUGCAGAAAUUGGAAGGUCGGAGAAGGUCGUCUGCCGUAGGGAUAUGGAGAAAUGCUCCGGCAUGGGCUGUAGCGAGACAACUCUUUCGAGAUGUGUUAGUCGGAAAUUGGCCUUGGCUUCAACAGGUCCCACAACCCGCUACGGCCAUACGCACGGCGGAUGCGGAGACCGCUGCCUUCUAUCCUCUUCAAGAAUUUGCGCAGAGCAUGUCACUUCCGUUCUCGUCGCCGAAGACACCCGAGACCCUGGAACAAGGUGGAAAAGGACAAAUACCACUUAUCACAGAGGCUCAACCCGAUCAGAAACUAUAUUCAAGUAUUGUACCGACCGAUGUCACUUUCACGCCUUAUAUACAACUACUCGGACUAUCAUCCUUGGCACGUGAGAUACCUGAAGCCCUCGCCUGGAUGCGUGCUCUGAAGAUACAUCCUUCCAAGAAGACCUUGUCCAUUGCUCUUGUCUUCUGGGCUGAGGUCAGCUUGCGAGGACCGCUAUUUGAAGAUUGGGCAGAGAAGAAUUCCCAGAGCGAGUAUGGUAGGUUGCUCGCCUGGAUUCGAGACUGGGUCGGUGAUGAACAGACUCCUACGGAAUGGGAUAUACAGAGGGCGUUGAGGGCUGUGGCCAAGAUGCGGGAUGACUCCUUUGGGCGACCGUGAUUCACAAUAUCCUAAUCUCGAAUUCCCUAAUCUCACAUUACAUGUAAUCAUGCGUAUAUAACGGAUCCUUCGCCAUUGUAAAUG